CUUAUAGAGCGAAAAAUACGGUAAUUAUCUGGUCCUAGCUGUGCAGGCCAAAGUGAACAGAUGGGUGGGACCUCCCACCUGCAAAUCACUUGAUGUCACAAUGACGGCAGAUGAUUGGGUGCUUUGAAGUCUAGUAGUUGGGACCUCAAAGCACCACAAAGGGCCUGCAGAUAUCCUGCAUAAUGCUUUAAAGUGCCUGAGGCUUUAGUAGAGCUAAAGUCUACUUUCUGUAGGCAUCAGCUACAAGACCUAGUUUCCCAAACUAUACAUGUAAUAAUAAUAGGCUUCAAAUUGCACAAAACUGCUGAAAAAGCAAGUGCACAUUUGCAUGGGUGUGCUUUAAACUGUUCUGAUGACUUUGCUGGAGCAAACAUUAAAAACUGACUACUUCCUCAGAAGACAUGAAUAGAAAGUACCUUGUCUAGAAAACAUAAGAAUCAGAAAUGUUGUCAAUAUUAUGCCACCUCAACACAGGGUUACUCUGAAAGAAGGGUUGACAUGUUUGGAACCACCUCAGAACAUUACAGUUUUCAUUGUUGAUACGAACAUCACUCUGAAAUGGCUCUGGAAUAAUUCAUGUGGCCUCAAUGGUACCUUUUCAGUUCAGUACCAAAGUGAAUCAGACAGUGAAGAGAGCAAUGCUGAAAGCUGGUCACUUAUUCCCGAGUGUCAGGCUGUAAGAAUCACAGAAUGUGACCUUUCAUCAGCUAUAACAGACUAUUUUCAGCUUUAUAAUGUGAGCGUAAGAGCAGACACAGGAGAAGAGCACUCUUCCUGGGCUUAUUUAGUAUUUUCUCCUUAUACAGAAGCCCAAGUCGGUCCCCCAAGAGUUCAGUUAGAAUCAAUAUAUGGAGGAGAUGUGAAAAUCAUCAUUUUCAGUCCUGAAGCAAACCAGCAAAGAAAAAUGUGGGACAUGUCUCUAAGCUACAAGCUAACUAUCUGGAAAAACUCAUCCUAUCCUCAGGAAAAAAUCCAGGAUAUUUUUCCAGGACAAAGCAUUCAAGACCUUGAGCCAGAGACUGCUUACUGCAUGAAGGUUAAAGUACAUAUGGUUGAUCACAAUGCUUUCAAUAGUCCAGACACCUGUAUACAGACACCAAAAGCUUGGGCUGGUCUGCCUCGUCCUGAAAAGCUCCAGGUUCACGCACUGAAUACAAACUUCAUUUUGCAUUGGGAUAAUAUGUACGAUGGAAAUGUGAGCUUCAUUGUACAGUUUCUCAAUGGUUUUGAAGCACAGACAUCUCAUGAUAUCUCAAAAAACUGGCGUAGUGUAUCUGGAUGUGAAAACGUUACAACCAAAUACUGUGAUUUAUCACGUUCCGUCAACUUCAUUGGAAUUUACUAUCUCCAAGUACAGGCUGUGAAUAGCCAUAGUAAAUCACCUUGGUCUAAAAUGCUAAAAUUUGAGCCUAUAGAAGACACUAAACUGGGCCCACCAGGUGUCAAGAUUAAUGCCAGUGAAAAUUCACUUAACAUUUUCAUUACUGCUCCGGGAGAAUCUGAAAAAAAUCCGAUGAGUAAACACUAUAAGAAGUUGAUUUACCAAGGUUGGUACUGGGCAGACUCUUCACCACAAGACAAGAAGAAACUGGAAAAUAAAUCUUCACAAUUUAUAAUCCCAGACUUGAGCUCUUCUACUUUAUACUGCCUAAAAGUACAAGCGUUUGCUCCAGCAUAUAAUAAAAGUAGCGAGUUUAGCAGUGAAACAUGCACUAAAACUGCCAAAGGAAAAUCUUUAUAUCCAAUCAUUUUUAAAGUCUUUGGAAUUACUCUUGGUGUUAUUGUUUCAGUAGUGGUUUUAGUUGGUGUUAUAUAUUAUAUACGCAAGCAGAUCAAAUAUGCAUUCUUUCCAUCAUGCCACCCUCCACUGAUCAUAGAGAACAUUGAAGGAAAAGAUUUGCGCAGUUCCUACUUGCUAACUUCAGAAGAGCCAACAGAAAAUUGUGUUGUCAUAGCUGACAGUAGCAUUCUAAAUGAAGUUGAUCUGACCGACUUUAAAGACCAGAAAGAGUUGGAAGAGAUCAGCCAAGACUCAGGAAACUAUUCCAAUGAUGAUGGUAUCUCUAGGACUAAAGACUCCCAUUUAAUCCAAGAACAGAAAGCAGAAUAACUCUGUAAAAUAAUGAGUAGAAGCCAUUAUUAUGGGUAGAUGAGGGGGGUGCAUAAAUAACAACUUGCAAUUUAUGCAUCUUGCUGUUAGCUUCCAUAUAAGAAAGACUUUGUGCCAAGACAUGACCUGACAACUGGUUCUUGCACCAUAGAUUUUGAGUGUUAUGUAUUGCUAUUGGCACAAAGGCUCAGGUAUGGAGAACACUUGAUUUCACUACCGAAAUGUUUACUUCAUUUUGAUGGGAAGCUGGUGCUUAAAUGGAAGUUUACAAACAUGUAAUAUAUGUUUAUGUGUGAGUGUGUAUGUUAAAUACCAAAAACAUCCUAAGACAAUCCUAAAGCUAGACUUUACCACUGUGGAUGCUGUGUUGGUUGAUAAAGCAUAAAUAACUGUGAGGAUUACUGAACAGCUAUAGGUUACAGCGGAGUA